CCCACCAACUUCUACAUCCCCUAAAUCCUACAGCCCCCCUACCCAGCCUCUUCUGUACAGUACAGUUUCAUGAUUCUCUCACAAGGUAAAACAGUGGACUUCAAGGUUCCUUUAAGAUGCAAGAUUUGAUUUAAACGGAUGUGAAAGUUGGAAAAAGAAGAGAAAUCUGAUUGGUUUGUAAAUGGCUUUGUGUGACAAAGAGAUGGAAUCUGGCUUUCUGAAUUCUUCUGAGAGUUUUCCUUAUGUUGAAAAGAGUGCCUUCACACAAACAGAGCACAAUAUUGUCGCUGCAUAUCUCAUCACCGCAGGGGUGGUCAGUCUGUCUAGUAACAUUGUGGUGCUGCUGAUGUUUGUGAAGUUCAGAGAGUUGCGCAAUGCCACGAAUGCUAUCAUCAUUAAUCUGGCUUUAACUGACAUUGGUGUUGCUGGUAUUGGUUACCCCAUGUCUGCAGCCUCAGACCUGCACGGGAGCUGGAAAUUCGGCUACACGGGUUGCCAGAUCUAUGCUGCUUUGAAUAUAUUCUUUGGAAUGGCCAGUAUUGGACUGCUCACAAUGGUUGCCAUUGACAGAUAUCUUACCAUAUGUCGGCCUGACAUAGGUCAGAAGCUGACAACCAUGUCAUACACACUUCUUAUUGUGGCUGCUUGGCUGAAUGCUGUGUUUUGGUCAUUCAUGCCCAUCAUAGGCUGGGCAGGAUAUGCUCCUGACCCCACAGGUGCCACCUGCACCAUCAACUGGAGGAACAAUGAUUCGUCGUUCGUGUCCUACACGAUGGCUGUGAUCACGAUCAACUUCAUCAUUCCUCUCUCGGUCAUGUUCUACUGUUACUACAGUGUUUCUGUUACUGUGAAGAGGUAUAAAGCCAAUAACUGCUUAGACAGCAUCAACAUGGAUUGGUCAGACCAGAUGGAUGUGACCAAGAUGUCUAUUAUAAUGAUAGUGAUGUUCCUGGUAGCCUGGUCACCCUAUUCAGUUGUGUGUCUAUGGGCAUCAUUUGGUGAUCCCCUAAAGAUCCCAGCUUCAAUGGCCAUAAUUGCCCCGCUCUUCGCAAAGUCCUCCACCUUCUACAAUCCUUGCAUCUAUGUCAUUGCCAACAAAAAGUUCAGAAGAGCCAUCAUUGGAAUGUUACGAUGUCAAACACGGCAGCGAAUUACUAUUAACAACCAGGUUCCAAUGACAGCCUCUUCUUCACCUCUAAACCCGUAAAU